AUGCCGGUCUCUCACGUCGGAUUGACGGUCUCACACCUACCAGCUGCUUCGUCGUUCUUUCUGUCUGCUCUCCAGCCUCUUGGCUACAGAUAUCUCGGACAGCAAGGUCAUCAAGUUGCCUUUGGAAUCCGCGAAGCAGAUUUCUUCCUGAGCCAGGAGACCCCUGGAAUCAAGGCGGGCGCAGCACACAUUGCAUUCACCGCUACAAGUCGUACGGCUGUUCGGGAAUUUUACUCUGCUGCACUGAAUGCUGGAGCGAGACCCAACGGUUCGCCAGCAUGUCGAACUGACGACGCUGCCCACUUCAACGCUGCAAUCCUCGACCUGGAUGGUAACAGCAUCGAGGUUGUGUACAGUGGUGCACCAGACUACAGAGACGACGGAACUGUGGUCUCGCACAGCAGAGUCAUAACAUGGGAGCGGACAGUGUCGCGGAGCAUGCGCGAAGAUGUCAGCGUUACGAGCUCACGCACAGUUAGAUCUGUUGCGAAAGCUCCAUCAGUUGCCUCGCUAGCUCCGAGCGUUGCGAGGAGUAUUUCUGAGCCUGUUCAAGUGCCACAGGUAGCCCCGCCCGCCGCCAGCAGUAAUGGCGAUGCUGCCAAAACUCUUGUCGGCACUCUCCUCGGAGCAGCCGCGGGCGCAGCAGUUGUUUACGCGUUCUCGCGCAGCGAAAGGGAUAGCGCAAAGAAAGAAUCGGACUUCAGUGCCUUCAUGGAGGCGAAGAACACGAUCACGGCUGCUGUGGGCCAGUUCGCUGGGGCCUCACCACCACCCCAGCCACCCAUGCAAGACCCACCACCGGUCUACGAACCAGCCCCCUCGGUGGCAAGGUCGGUCGUAUCAGCACACCGCAACAAUGAUGCAGGGUCUGUUGUCUCUGCUACACCGUCUCGAGCGUCGCAACUGCCCAGUGGUGGCCAAAGACAGAUCGAGGCUGCACCCGCAAGCUACUAUGCGCCUCCGCCUUCAAAUGUAUCUCUAUCUCGAUCGCAGACGGGAGAGCCUCUCCAGAUCGAGUAUGCACCUGCACGGUCCGUCGCAGGGUCUGAUAUGCGCUCGCGCUUCAGUGCCUCCCGCUCUAUGACAGAUCCUGAGAUGCGCACGAUGCGCACCAUCGAAGCAGCUCGGACUCCGUCGAAAAAGGCCUCAAGGGCAUCCUCGAUUGUCAGCAGCAUUCUAGGCCGUGACAAGAAGUCGUCGGCUGAUAGUGAUUUCAUCGAUGACUUGGACAUUGAUGAGCUUACUGAAGACGACUAUGAGACGGUUGUGCCCAGUGAUAGCAUUAGCCAAGUCGGCUCAUCGCGCCGCACUCACCACCGCAAGCAUCGCAGUAGGACAGACGAGCUGAAGUCCGAGGCUGGCACAACUGUCAGCAAGUCGUCAGACCGCUCGCACCGUUCACACCGCUCUCACCGCUCGCACAAGUCGCGCUCUACGAACGACGACUCUGAGUCAGAUGAGUCUACCGAGUCGAGGCAGAAGCACCGCAGCAGCCGCCGGUCCAUCGUAUCUGAGACCAGCGAUGUGAGCACGAUCAGACCCGCCAAGCCGUCCUCUUCGAGGGACAAGGAGAGGCGGAAGGACUCGGUUACUGAUGGCAGCAAGUACGACAACUUGUUUGAUCAGGUGCAGUACGGGCAUGGCGCUGUACCUGUGAGGGGCAUAACGCCCAGUAUGAUCCACGCUCCCACUGAUCAUAAGAGCAGCAGAGGCAGUAUUAGCCACUCAAUAGGACAGAGGAUGAAGGCGUUUCAGGAUCGAUAG